AUGAAAUGCGUACCUGAACUGGGUGUUACAACUGAUCUCCUUGAUGACAACCUAGAAGGAGACAUCUGGAAGACACAACUAAAGAGUGCUCUUACAAGGAUCGAGUUUAGGAGACUUAAGGUUGAUCACGGUUGUUGCCUGACAAACUUUAGCUCCUCCUACAUCAUCCUUGUGUUGAAUGUUGAUGUCAUGUUGAAUGUUAGUUUCGACACACAGAAGAUCAUUAAACUUAAGAUACGGCUGACCAAAAAGUUCAAGAUAAAGAACCAAUGGGUUGCUAAGAUGAAGAAAGUCCUUAGUAUAAUGAACUCAACAGAUGAAUCUACUAAGAACUUAGAAAGGGUGUCGGCUAAAGUAUGGCUUUGCUGGGAAUUUGAGGUAUUAUAG